GGCCUUGGAAACAUUCUGCAACGGUGUAACAAGGAGAAAUUUCUGAAUCCAGGAGCUUUUCCUCUUGAAUUAAAGCAAGAGGUUGAGAACGUCUCUAAAAUACAUCCUUUUCUGGAGACUACGAUGAAUGAAUUCAAAGAGACUGUGCUCGCAGGACCAGAGGCCAAGGAAGCAAAGCUCACUGUCAGCGGAACCUGUACAGUCCCCACACUAGUCGUAUUGGCGAAUGACUACUCACCUAAUGUGCAUUCAUUUGGCACCAGACCUAAUGUGCAUACAUUUGGCACACCUAAUGUGCAUUCAUUUAGCACCAGACAGCAGUGGGGUAAUUCCUACCAAAACCCCAGCCAAUUUUCUUGUUGGUCCUACGUUAUGGGAAUUGAGAGAAUAAAUUCAGGGAGCUGUUCCUGGGUAAUGAAUAUAACGAAUGAAAAGUUCUGGGCUGUGGGGGUAGCCCUUGAGUCUUUUCGGGGAAGAAAUGUGUCCGGGUUGACCCCUGAACAAGGGAUUUGGGCUGUGGGGCAAUCAAAUGGUAGCUGGUAUGCAUUCACUUCUGCUGGGACACAUCGAUUGACAUGUCCAUGGUCCAGCAAUCAGAUCCAUGCGUGUCCCAUCAACCCUUGUUAUGAUACAACCAUCCAGGUCUCACUAAACCAUGAACAAGGCUCGGUAACAUUUUUGAAUGCUGACAACACUGCCAUGUAUACUUUUCACAAUGCCUCUUUCUCUGGGCAGCCAAUAUCCUCCUGGUACUUUGUGGGCAAGUGAAACGAGGCAGCUAUUCUGGAUGUAUGUGAGAUGUGGCAGCAGCUUAAUGCAAGGCAGUUUCUGCUCUUUUCCCAGUAUCUCCUCCUGAGAGCCAGCUUUGGGAACAGCUGCCAACUGAGUCAUUCCUGUGAGGUGAGAGAGGCCCAUUCUGCAUCUAGUAUUUGCUCU